AUGCUUCCGAUCUCGUGCCGCCGCUGUCGCCGCCGCAACUCCUGCCGCAAUCUCAUCGCGCUGUGCCUCCUCCUCGCGCCAGCGCACGCGGGGAAGCGCCUCCUUCCAAAUCUCUCGCCGCGCGGCUCACGAGCGCCUGUCGAGGCUGCGCAGCGCCUGGCUAAGGCGAAGUUGGAGGCUGCACAGGCCAGGGUCCGCGCGGCUGAGGAGGAGCUCGCCAGCGUCCAGCGCGCUCGUGCCGCGGAGGAGCUGACACAAGGUGCCAGCGAGGCCGCCGCCAGCGGUGCGGCGGCCGCUCGGGACCGGCUCCAAAAUUUCGUCGCCUCAGGAGAGGCGCGAGAGGUCGGUCUCAGCAUCCAGGCGUGGGCUGCGGUCCUUGGCGACGGCGUGGUCAAGGCGGUGCGGCCCGCCGCGACGUUGGAGGGGCCGGUCAUCGAUGCGGAGGCCGAGGCUGACAAUGAUGCUGAACUCCCGCCACCGCCGCCCAGCAGCUUUGCAGAGCGGCUCCGCGUCGCGAUGCGCGGCUCGCGCGGCGCGGCGGAGGAGGGGGAGGUGCCAGGAUGGGUGCGGUCGGUGGGAGGGGGCGUCGAAAAGCUGGGCGCGGAGGCGCCUCGCGCGGCCGCCGAUGGCAUCGACGACUUCACCGCCUGGGUGGACGGGAAGGUGACAGAGGAGCGGCGGCUGGAGCAGGGGCGGCGGUCGCAGCCAGAGGAGGGCGCGGGCAGCGAGGGCGCGGUCGUGGAGGCGCUGCGCCCUGCGUUGGGCAGCCCUGCGCUGGGCGCAGCUCUGGCGGUGACAGUGGGAGGCGUGGCCGUGGCGGGGGUGAGGUCGCUAGCAGGGCCUGGAGACGGGCAGGGCGCGGCCGAGGAGGAGGAGAGGGAGAGCGAGGUUGAGGCGAGUGAGGGCGAGCUCUCGGCGGUGGUCGAGCGGGCGGCGAGGAGGAUCGCAGGGAGGAAGGCGGAUGCGGCGGCGCAGGCGGAGGAGAAGGAGGCGGCGGCGGAGGCGGUGGCGGUGGCGGCGGAGGCGGCGGAGGCGGAGGCGGCGGCGGCGGUCGCUCGCACGAAGGUUGCCGAGGCGGUGCGGCGGGCGGAGGAGGCGGCCAGGCGCGAGGAGGAGGAGGGCGCUCGCGCUGCGGCGGAGGCGGCGCGCGAGGCGGCAGAGGCGGCGGCUGUCGCCGGAGAGGCGGCGGAGGCGGCGCGGAUGGGCAGGCUCGCCGAGGUUGCGGAGGCGGCCGCCGAGGCGGAGGCAGCGAGGGCGGCUGCGGAGUUGGCGGCGACAGAGCUCGCACAGGCGGCGGAGGCGGAGGCGGAGGCGGAGGCGGAGGCGGAGGCGGAGGCGGAGGCGGAAGAGUCGGUUCUCGCGGCCUCGCGCGAGCCCGUGCUUGUGACACCCGCGACAACCCUGGGGACGGCCGAGGCGGGGCCCGCCGACAAGGAGGCGGGCAGGAAGGACCGGCGAAAGGAGAGGCGCAAGGCGAGGCGUGCGAACAAGCGCAAAUUAGAUGGGUCCUAG